GUGGUCCGGGGUGUGAGGUACAUCGUGGACUGGGAGAUCUCCAGGACCGUGUGUCGUAAACGAGACGAGGACAUCCUGUCCAACUGUGUCUUCCAGCCCGUCGGACGUCUGCACCAGACGUUUGAGUGUCACACCGAGGUCUGGCUGGUCCCCUGGCUGAACCAGACCAAGACCAUCCAGUUCCACUGUGGACCCUGAACCCCCUCCAUCCCCCUGAGACACAGACACCUGUAACCGAGACAUACACCUGUCCCCUGAGACAGACACCUGUAACCGAGA